AUGCCUUUCACUCCGAUGCGAGAAGAGGCUCCGCCGUGGCGGUUCACUACCCUCGCAUUCUUGGUCGGUAUACAUAGACCUCGCGGUUCUAGCGGUCCAUUCCGUUUGCCAAGAGUGAUUCGCCGUACGGUACGUAGACCUCUGAAGUUGGAAACGCAGUCGCAAUCACGCGGGAAGGGGCAUUCUGCAUGUUCUUUCGCCAGCCUGAGAGGUGGAAGUGAAGUCGAUGGAGUGACGCGGCGGAGAGAGUUGAGUCCGAGCGGGCAGGGCUGGGCUGUCUGGGACAAGGGUUCAUGCCAGCUCAGCUCAGCUCGUCGUCGUCGUCGUCGUCGUCGUGGACAAACCUCAGCAUCUGGAAGGCUGCGAAAGAAGACCUGUGCCCGAGACGCAUUGGACAAGAUGUCCUCGCCAACGCUGGUCGAACAAUUCUCACACUACGUGCUCGACGGCUUCUGGCAACUGGGCAACUGCUUCAACUGCUUCCCCUCCACGCCCUCGCUCAAGAUCAACGGCCGAUCGUUCAAGAUCUUGCGACUGCUUGGAGAAGGUGGCUUCAGCUAUGUCUAUCUGGUGCAAUCACCCGGCGACCCGACCCUCUAUGCGCUCAAGAAGAUACGAUGUCCCUUUGGGCAGGAAUCGGUGGCGCAAGCACUGAAAGAAGUCGAAGCAUACAGUCUCUUCACACCUCACCCGAACAUAAUUCAUGCCAUCGACCACAGCGUCGAAAGCGAACGCGGCGAUCCCGCCAACAAGACUGUUUAUAUACUCCUCCCAUACUACCGCCGAGGCAAUCUGCAGGAUGCCAUCAAUGCGAACCUUGUCAAUCGCGCGCGCUUUCCCGAACGACGACUGAUGGUACUCUUUCGCGGUGUGUGUCGCGCGCUCAAAGCCAUGCACCAAUAUCGGGUCAAGGGCGGCGUACCUGGAGGAGAGGCGAGUCGCAAGAAGGCAAAGAAGGUGCGACAAGAAGCAGCUCGCGCCGACGCGGAAGCAGAGGAGGAAGUUGUGCAUGCGAAUCAGAGUCGAAGACGAUCGCAAAAAGAGGAUGACGAUGAGGAUGACGCUCAAGCACCAUUGAUGGACGGAGAAGUCGUGGCUGCACAGGAUGGGGUGCCAGAAGGCGGCAUGAGAAGCUAUGCACAUCGGGAUAUCAAGCCUGGCAACAUUAUGAUAUCCGACACCGGCACACAGCCUAUUUUGAUGGAUCUUGGUUCGCUGGCGCCUUCGCCGACCCCCAUCACGAGUCGAGCGCUCGCAUUACAGGUGCAAGAUCAGGCGGCGGAGCACAGCACGAUGCCGUAUCGGGCGCCAGAGCUAUUCGACGUCAAGACUGGAACGGUGAUCGACACGAAGGUGGACAUAUGGAGUCUCGGGUGCACUUUGUACGCGUGCUUGGUGGGCAAAUCACCAUUCGAAGCUCGAAGCGAGGAGACGGGUGGUUCACUGUCACUUUGCGUUCUGGGCGGUGACUGGAGGUUUCCUGACGAAGGUCCCGCUGAGGCCAAGCGAGGCAAGCAGCGUGUGAGUGAUGUCGCCCCAGCUGCGCCCAAAGAAGAUUCAAUAUCGGAGGCAGUGAAAGAACCAGAGCAUCGGCCAGACAUCGAUCAACUCAUAUCGAUGGUGGAGGAAGUGGUGGCUGCUCUGCCGGAUGAUGGUGACGCGGCGUUGGACAUGGAAAUCAGAUGUGUAAUGACACGAUCAUUGACUGUCCGACCGACCACGAGCCCUGUCCUGUAUUCUACUUGCACUUGCCUUUCGCUCGCGCUCAGAGAAGGUUGUAAGUACCUGCAUGGAUGCCCCGCUUCCCUUCCCGAAUCGACACAUCAAGGACGCGGCGUUGAUGCCGGACACCUGGAUGUACAUAGCUCAAAGGAAUCCGCCCUGUCGGAGCCCUCAUUUCUGCUUCUCUCCGCUCCACUCCGCUCCGCCCCGCCCCGCCCCGCCCCAAUGGUCAAACGGGCAAUGAAGUUCACUCCCAAGGUGCUGCUCUCAGCGCCGCGACGGAGUGCUGGCGUCCCCAGUCCCCACGGCACCCACGUCCUCUACACCCUCAGCACCUACAGCUUCGAAUCUCACAGCAAAACCACCGAGCUGAGAGUGCUGACGGUGCAAAGUGGAGACAGCCAGGAGCUGGCCAAAGACGACGACAUCUCAGACCUCAACUGGCUCGACGACGACACCUUCGCCUGCCUCCAAGCAGAGAAGGAUGGCACAACGAGUCUGUGUAUUGCGAGCCUAUCGGACGUCGUCAAGAAGCCCACGCGAGGACAUGGCCACUAUACAGCCGGAAAGAUCCCGGGGCCAGCUUCGAAUCUCAAAGUGAAGCAGCUGGACGACCACAACUACGCCGUCGUUGUCUCGGCAUCCGUCUCGCCGGAUGGCUCAAUGUACAAUCCGGAAAAGGCCCCCAAGACUCAUUCCACUGCCAAGCUCUACAGCAGUCUAUAUGUGAGACAUUGGGACAAAUGGGCCGCGAAAGAGAAAAAUGCACUCUGGUACGGCCAGAUCAGCAGGAAGUCCCAUGGAGGCAAAUUCAAACUGUCCGAUCUCUCGAAUCCCAUCCCUGGGGGAUUGGAAUGCCCUAUACAGCCUUUUGGUGGCACCGACAACUUCGAUUUGAGCAAGAAUGCCAUCAUCUUCGUUUCCAAAGAUCCACAUGUAAACCCGGCCCUGAAUACGAAGGUAGGAAAGAAGUCGGGACGACAGGAGAAUGAAAAUGUGUACAUUGUACAAGUCGGCGAUUGGGCUAGCAAGAAGACCUCUCUCAUGCAGCAGGUCAUUGUGCCUGGAUUUCAAGGUGCCGCGUCUUCGCCCGUCUUCAGCCAAGACGGCACCAAAGCUGCAUUUCUGAUGAUGAAGACUCGCGGAUACGAAGCAGAUAAAAAUCAUAUCUGGGUUCUUCCAGAUCUCUCAGGCCCGGACUUGACACCGCUGCGAGCAUUUGCCGAAACAGAGAUGGGUGACUGGGAUCGUAGUCCUGGAUCCAUCGUCUGGAGUUAUGAUGGGAAACAUUUGCUUGCAACCGCAGAGGAAUAUGGGACUGGAAAGCUCUUCCAGAUUUCAGGUGAUCUGAUACGCCAAGAUCCUCGCAUCUUGACUCAUCGUGGAUAUAUUGGUGACGUGCGACCACUUCCGGACGGUCGCAUCUUCGUCACUGGUAGCUCCCUGAGCGACAAUUCGUUCUACGCGAUUGUCGAUCCUCUUAUUGCCCCACACCCUGGCCGUCCUCAGACCGAUGCGCUCCUUGCCUGGACUCACUCGAACUCUCAAGAUGGCAGCAAGUUUGGGCUCAAACGCGGGCAGAUCUCUUCCAUAUGGACUCCCGCAAACAAUCCCAGGAUAAACGAAGAGGUCCACAGCAUAGUUGUUUAUCCUAGCGACUAUGACAGGACGAAGACCUAUCCUGUCGCAUACCUGAUUCACGGUGGUCCACAGGGCGCUUGGGGCGACAGCUGGUCCACACGCUGGAAUCCAGCUGUCUUCGCCGAGCAGGGCUAUAUUGUGAUAGCAAUUAAUCCUACAGGAAGCACGGGAUACGGGCAGGCCUUCACUGAUGCUAUACGACGGAAUUGGGGUGGUGACCCAUACCAGGACAUUGUCAACGUCUUCAAUUGGGCAAAGGCGAACAUUCCUGAAGCCGACCAUAAUCGCGCUGUGGCGCUUGGAGCAAGCUACGGCGGCUACAUGAUGAAUUGGAUACAAGGCCAUGACCUCGGACGGCAGUUCAAAGCGCUUGUUUGCCACGACGGCAUCACCUCUUUCACCGGUGGCAUGCUUGCGACAGAAGAGCUCUAUUUUCCCUUCUAUGAUCUCGGUGGCACGCCAUGGUACAACCCCGGUUUCAAGCCUGCACCAGGCGAGCCCGAAUCUGCUUCUGCGCAAGGCCAUACCAACUUCGGUGCCGCUUCCACGUCUGCUUGGCGACAGUGGGACCCAUCCGAACACUUUGCCAAUUGGUCGACACCUCAGCUCGUCAUCCAUUCCAGCAAGGACUACCGCCUUACUAUCGCAGAAGGUCUGACUGCGUUCAACGUUCUGCAAGCCAGAGGUGUCGAAUCGAAGUUCUUGACGUUUCCAGAUGAGAACCAUUGGGUUCUGAACCCUGAGAACUCCCUCGUGUGGCACAAGGUCGUCUUGAACUGGAUCAACCAUUACGCUGGUCUUCCACCGUAUGCGGAGGAAGAUGAGAAUAGUGACGAGUUCUUCGGUGGUCUGCGUGAGUCAGAAGAGAUCGUGGAGAUGGAAGGUAGUGGGAUGGUCUCGACUUAGUAUGCGAGAUGGUCGCGAAUGAUGAUACAAAAGCUACAUCAAAAGUCAUGCGGGCUCUAAUCGAGGUCUAGCGUCUCUUUU